CUCGGGCGUGCUCUUUCUACCGCUUCGUGCCAGUCGUCUUCCAGUCAUCCCCUUUCCUCCGCCUUCGCACUGAUUGGAAGCGUUUUUUGGGACAAAAUGGAAGCAGCUCCUGACACGGUGGCGAUGGGCAGCUCCCCGGCGGCCGCAAUUGCCAAUUCGCCUCCGCCAUUUCUCAGCAAAACCUACGACAUGGUGGACGAUCCGUCCACCGACCCGAUCGUGUCCUGGAGCAAAAGCAACAACAGCUUCGUCGUCUGGAACGUGCCGGAGUUUGCCAGAGAUCUUUUGCCUAAGUAUUUCAAGCACAACAACUUCUCUAGCUUCGUCAGACAACUUAACACUUACGGUUUCAGGAAGGUCGAUCCAGAUCGCUGGGAGUUUGCAAAUGAAGGGUUUCUGAGAGGCCAGAAACAUCUUUUGAAGAUUAUCAAUAGGAGGAAACCUGCUCAUGUGCAUGCCCACCAACAACCUCCUCAAGUCCAAGAUAAAUCGGUAAAAUCUUGUGUCGAAAUAGGAAAGUUUGGGAUUGAGGAAGAGGUAGAUAGACUCAAAAGAGAUAAGAAUGUUCUUAUGCAAGAGCUUGUCAGAUUGAGGCAGCAACAACAAUCAACUGAUAACCAGUUGCAUACUGUUUCGCAAAGGGUUCAGGUGAUGGAGCAGCGGCAGCAGCAAAUGAUGUCAUUCCUUGCAAAGGCCAUGCAUAGCCCACAGUUCCUGGCCCAGCUGGUACAACAACAGAAUGAAAGUGGCAGGCGCAUUUCUGGAGCUAACAAGAAAAGGAGAAUUCCAAACCCGGAAGAAGAAAGUAAUUCAUCCUUCAAUCAUGGCAUUUCUUCACCCGAUGGACAGAUUAUCAAGUAUCAACCUUUAAUGAACAAGGCAGCUAAAGCAAUGCUGCGACAAAUCUUGAAAACUGAUGCAUCUCCUAGGUUGGAAUCAACAGUUAAUGGCCAAAAUGGUUUUCUGAUUGAAAAUGUGGCAUCUUCUUCCCAUGCAUUAGAUAGGGGUAUCUCCUCUAGUCGGGUUUCAGGAGUUGCCUAUCCAGAGGCUCUGCCAAUUUCCUCGCUGUCGCAUCCAUCGAGAGAGUUGGGCAUGCCUGUUGCUGGUCCGACUACUACAGUUUCUGAGAUCCAAUCUUCGCCUAGUGUGGCAUCUAUUCCAGCUAAAGCAGCCCAGUUCCCUGAAAUGAACAUUGAUCCACAGGAAGACACAGUUCCACGUAACUUACCACAAAUGCAAGGAAUCAUGGCAGAAAGUACUGUUGGUGUCUCUGACUUGAGUUUCGAGUUAUCAGAGACUGGGAGCACAGAGUACACGGAUUCAAUGUCUGUAUUCAUUGAUGGUUCAGCUCCUGCCGUGACUGAUGAGUUUUCUGCUGAUCCUGCCACCGACAUGUUACUGGAUGAGAUGCCCAAACUGCCUGGCAUUAAUGAUGCUUUCUGGGAACAAUUUCUCUCCAUAAGUUCACUUAUGGGAGAUACUGAUGAGAUUAGUUCUAACACAACAGAGUCCCAUAUUGGCCAGGACCAGGGUGGACUAACAGGUCAGGAGAGUGGAUGGGACAACACCCAGCAUAUGGCUAAUCUUACUCAACAAAUGGGACUUCUUGCAGCAGAGGCCAAAAGGGGGUGAUCUUGCGUUCUAUGUCUGUUUUGUGUUCCGGAGCUGUUUACGCAGGUUGAUACAUGUACUUGAUGGGGCUGGGCAGAUGAAGCUUAGCUUUUGGUCAAAGACAAGAGGACCAACAACCGUGUCAUGAUAUGAAGCUUUUAAGAAUUUUACCUUUUGUUUUCAUUGUCCGUAGCGUACUCCAAGAAAAUAAUGUUAUAUAUAUAUAUAUAUAUGUGUAUGGUAUGGUAUGGUAUGGUAUGGUAUGGGGGAGAUGUUUGUUUCCCCGUGCAGUGAAUUGUUAACAAUGCUUGCUUUCUGAGCCGCACGCACUUGAGAGCCAUUACUGUUUGGAUGGGAACCAUAUGAUAUUUGUUUCUAAAUUGUGACACCACAACCCGGCAAUGACAG